AGGUUUGCCCCUUUUGCAGGUUUCCCCGCUUAUAGUUCUCAAUCCGGUGUCGCUCUUUAGUUAGCGAUAAAAACCUAAAACCUAUGGAAAUAGGGGGAAAAUAUAACUGGGCAUUUCUCUGUGGCGGCAACACGUGCUCCUCUCCUCUUACGCUCCUCAUAUGAGUUUUUGACGAAGAAGGGCAGGGCAGCUUGUGCAUCCCACCGUCUUCUUCAUCUGGCUUCAGAGGGCACAGCCGUGAGAAAGCCAUGACUUUGAGUUCAGAAAUGUCGGAUGCUUCCAUCCUUUCCGAAGAGACUGAUAUAGACGUGGUCGGUGAAGGCGAGGAUGGAGACAACCAGACGCGCUCCUACGUGGACGAGGUGGCGCAGAUGCACGACGGCAUCCUCCUUGCAGGCUCACCCUCUCCGUGCCUGGACAGCUCCACCUCUUCACGGGAUACCUACAAGCCGGCGGGCAAGAACACCCUGGUGAAACCUCCUUACUCCUACAUCGCCUUAAUCACCAUGGCCAUUCUGCAGAGUCCUAAAAAGCGACUCACUCUCAGUGAGAUCUGUGACUUCAUCAGCAACCGCUUCCCUUACUACAGAGAGAAGUUCCCGGCCUGGCAGAACUCCAUCAGACACAACUUAUCCCUCAAUGACUGCUUUGUUAAGAUACCGAGGGAACCCGGGAACCCAGGCAAGGGCAACUACUGGACCUUGGACCCUGAAUCGGCUGAUAUGUUUGAUAACGGGAGCUUUUUGAGGCGGAGGAAACGCUUCAAGCGGCAGCAGGCGCAGGACUUGCUCCGGGAACACAACAGUUUUAUCCCUGCCGCUGCUGCGUACGGGUACGGACCGUACAGCUGCGGUGGAUACGGCAUCCAGCUCCAGUCCUACCACACACACUCUGCGCUUUUUGCCUUCCAGCAGCAACAACAGCAACAACAGCACUCCAGACAUUCUCAUUCUCACACGGGAACCAUUAUCCCUUCACCGUCGUUGAUGCCCACCAGCACGGACUUAGCCAGAAGUAGGUUUUACCCCCAGCUUAGCUCCACUCUGGGGUCAGCCAACCUUCAGGCUGGUUCUCCUGUGCAGAAGUCGAGCUCUCCGCUGCAACGGUCUCCCUUCUCCAUAGAAAGUAUCAUCGGGGGCUCACUAAGCCCUUCCAGGACUUCCCCGGUUGUUGUUCCGGUCUUACCAUCCUCUUUGGGGCUUCCAGCGGCCAGCCAGCCGCAAACCAUUCACCCCGGAGCAGUUUUACACCCGGUUGAAAACUUUCCAAACAGAGUUGUCGGCGGCACUAGCGCCUGCUAAAAUGUCUUAACAAACUUAUCAAGAAACUUUAAAAAAAAAAGACAGCAACAAAAACAAAAAACGCCCCUCUUUGAAGGUAGGAUUAUUUUUGUAUGUUUAUUUGAUAGCACGCAGCUGAAUGAUGGACAUACAAAACACUACUUGUGCCUAUAUUCAUGCUGUUUAUAAAGAUAUUUAUAUGAUUUUUUUCCCCCGAAGUGAAACAGAUUUUUAAACCACGAAAUUUCCUUGUAUUUUCCAUGAAGUGAUUCCUUUCAGUCACGGUUUAGGGCGUCUCAGGAUUUAAAGGACAGGUUAUAAAUGAUCACAUGCUUAAAAAAUAGGCUAAUAAUGUAUUUGUGUCAAACACGUCCAUGUUUUCUAUUAGUAAAUCAAAACAAGGUUUUAAGGUUUUGAUUGGAGCUUUGUAUUAAAAGAGAGAAAGAGCAAAGUCAUACAUUUAUAAUUAUAUGCAGUGUGUGUGUUGAUUUCAGUAAUAAAACAUUGUACAUUUUUGGCAAUUAUUGUGUAAUUGAAGUGUGAUAUUUUUACACAGUUUGUUUUUCAACCAGAAUAAAUUUCGU